CUCUAUACCAAAAAAAAAACGUUCAUUUACUCAAAAUAAUGUCUCUCGUGAACUCUAUGGGUUCAGAGGAGGAGGAGCAUGAGGUGCAGAUGGAGGAGAUGGAGGAGCCGGAGCUCAGAACAAUGAUUAUUCAGAUAAUUCAUCUUAUCGGGGAUUCGCAACCAGAACCAGAGUCUGAGCUUGUAUCACUCGUUAUUAAAAUAUUCAGUCUAGUCAACGCUAUGAAGUCGGAUUUGAGGGCGCAUUCGGAGCUAAAAUCACUCAUUCCUAGAGUAUUUUCUAUCAUCGCCUCUCAGGAUUUGGAGCCAGAUCAGUCUGAGCUCCCGUCACUCAUUACUCGAAUGAUCACUAUACUCAGCUCUAUGGACUCCAAUUCAUGGUCGGAGCAGGAGUCGGAGCUCGUAUCACUCGUUACUAAAACGACUUCCCUCGUCACCUCUAUGGAGCCGGAGUCAGAGACGGAGUCGGAGCUCAAGUCACUCAUUACUCAAAUCAUUUCUAUUGUCAGCUCUGACAAUUCGAAGCUCGUAUCACUUAUUGGUCAAUGGGAAUAUCUCCUUAUCUCACCGGUUUCGAAUACAGAACUGGAGCAUGACUUCUUAUCACUCACUAGUCAAACAAUUUCGCUCGUUAGAUCUAUGGAUUUCGAGUCGCAGCCAAAGCCGCACUCGGAGCUCAUAGCCCUCGUAACUCAGUUUCUCUCUCUACUCAGCUCUGUAUCGGAUUCGGAUCCGGAGUCUGAACUCAUAUCACUCAUCACUGAAAACAUAUCUUGUGUGGACGAUUCAGAUUCGAAGCCGGAGUUAGGAAUCAUACCACUCAUUUCUCGACUAGCAUUUCUCAAGCCGCAGCGAAAGAUCAUAUCAGUCGUUAGACGAAUGGUCUCUCUCGUCGGGUCUAUGACUUCAGAUUCGGAGCCAGUAGAUCAACUUAUCUCCGUAUGCCCUCAAAUGGGAGUAGUUUUCGAACAAGGGAGGUUUCGCGUUAAUGAAUUCCCCAUAAGAUCCCGAGGAGAAAGAUGGAUAUGUGGCGCUGGAUUCCGGCAAUUAUUCAGCUUAGCAGGAGGAGACGACGCCGACGCCGACGCUACCCAUUUUUGGUGCCAAAAUUGCAAUGGCGACUACCAUGAAGAAUGUGACAAGUCCCCACCUCUCGUCGACCACUUUCGUGAUCAAAAACAUCUUCUUCAGCUUGUCGUGGCGAGGGACGGACAAACCAUGGAAUGUUAUUGUUGCACUGAAGAUCUCCUAUGGAUAUUUUAUUAUUGUGCGUCUUGCGAGAUUGCUAUCAAUAUAACUUGUCUGGAGAAGCCACCAGUCUUUUAUAUAGACUGUACCAAGUGGCAUGAGCAUACACUUACUCUGUUUCCGAGACAUGGUUCCUUAACUUGCAACCUAUGUGGCUUGGACGAUGCAAGAUCCGCUAUCUAUAUGUGUCCCCGUUGUAACUUUGUGGUCCAUCAAAAGUGUCUCAGCUUACCACGUGUCAUAAGGAUAUCUCGCCAUCCCCAUCGUAUCUCUUUUACCCCUUCUUUCGGCCAAGAAGCUCCCUCCUGUUAUAUUUGUCGCAAAGAUAUAAAUAGAUACUACGGAGGUUUUUGUUGCAUCAAGGACGAUUGUUCAUAUACGGCUCAUUCAAGAUGUGCCACACAGAGAAAUGUGUGGGAUGGCAUAGAACUUGAAGGAGUUGAAGAAGAAGUUGAAGAAGAAGUUCUUGACCCGUUUGUGAUAAUAAGCGACGGAAUCAUACAACAUUUCAGUCAUCCACAGCAUCAUCUGAGACUUGAUGAGAACACGAGCAGGGAGUACGACGAAAAUGAGCUGUGUCAUGCAUGCAUCACGCCAAUCUAUUUCGGUAAUAUCUACUCUUGUAUGCAGUGUGAUUUCAUUCUUCACGAAGAAUGUGCCAAUUUUCGUCGUAAAAUACAUCACCCGAUACAUCCACAUAUGCUCACUCUAGGAGAACGCACCGAUAUUAGGGAUAAGCCGAGAUUAUGUUCAGCUUGUCCAUGGUUGUGCACAGGUGGUCUCAUCUAUGAGUGCCGUAAUAAAGAAUGUGAUUUCCAGCUACACCUGCAGUGCGCUUCCAUUUCAGAGCCAUUGGUCCAUCCAAGUCAUACACAUUCUUUAUUCCUAACAUCCAAACCUGAAGAGUGGCAAAGAAAAUGUUCUGUUUGCAAAAAGUCAUAUCAUUGUUCCACAAAUGAAUCGUUCAAUUGCAUUGAGGAGGAGUGUGACUUUGCUUUGUGUUUUGUUUGUGCCACUUUACCACAAAAAGUGAGGUAUAAGCAUGAUAAGCAUAUACUCACUAUGUCCUAUGGGAACGAGACAAGUACCACGACUAAUUGGUGUGAAGGUUGUGAGGAAAUAAUAAAUCCAAUGGAGCGGUUUUAUGUGUGUGAUGAGUACUGUUGUGUCACCCUACACAUUGAAUGUUUGAUAGGAGCGGACAUUUACAUGAAACCCGAUUCUUCGUUUCACUUUCACAUGUUGCCGGGUUCAUCGGUUUCCUUACGCGGUAGUACCUUUAUAAAAAUCUGGCCCAAUCGUCAUAUGUGUCGACCUUUUUGCUCCAUAUGUAGGAAGCGUUGUCCACACAAAAUAAUUGUCACAGGGCAUUUUGAACUUCUAUGUUGUUCUACAUUUUGUUUAUCAGAACUGUAGAGAGUGAGUGACUAAGCUCGAUGGAUAUUGCUCUUGUUG